AUGUUAGAGUCUCCGUCCAAGAGACGUAGGAUAGGUAGCCUUGAGCCAGGUAUCGACGCUGCUGGCAUCGCGAAUAAUCCUGGCGCACAACCUACGACCCCGAGCAGAGCUUCAUAUCAGUCGCCAACGAAAAGUUCCCUAGCACGCUCACAUCCCCAUCUCGUCAGCCGAAACAUACCUCCGGUCUUGACAACUUCCAGAGGGAAGAGUUUGAGAGACGAGAUCUUGAACAGAGCUGCUCCGAAUGCCGAAGCCGAAGCCGAGGCGCCCAGGGCCUUUACUCCAAUUCCAGACCAGGCUGACGGCGCAACGGACCAAGAUCGGCGAAUUACUGUGUUGGACGAAAGAGAUGGAACUAGCAGAGCCAGGCCAAAUACGACCCGGAGCCGGCCAAGGGCAACGGACCGGUCUGAGAAGAGAACUUUCAAUGAAGACAUUUUAUCUUCUGUGAUCAAGCCGGCGCUUGUGCGGAGAGGAGGGCCAGAUGCCAAUGUACUCGCCCGGCCGAACGGUGACGAGCCUGAAUUGCCUCCGACGCCAGUUCAGCUAGGUUUGAGUCUUGUGCCAGAUAGACCCCGAGGUCUGGCCUCAAGCAGCAGUCCGAGGAAAUCCUUGAGUGGCAGUGGGAAAAACAGACGGAGAAUCAGAUCAGACCGGCCUGUCACCAGCAGUCCCCUGAAAUUAAAGGCACGGCCAGCAGCCAUUGUUAGUGGUGACGAAGCUGCGGGCAUUGAACAAGAUGAGGUCGGCGAGGCUCAGGAGAGCGAGCCUGAGGUGGACCAGGAGGAGGACCUACCGGGGGAGCUGAAGGAAAAACAAGCCAUCCUUCGCUCAUUGCGAGAGAGGCUACAGCAGCUUAAGCGCCAAAAUGAACGACUGGAGACGGUGAUUGAAAAGAGUCAAGAGGUAACCGCAGAGGACGUGUCGUUGCUCGCAGAGGCAUAUCUCGUGCCUGGACCCACAGAAAACGACUGCCCGCCUCUCGAGCCCAAGAAGUUGUCAUCCUAUCUCACCUUGUUUGCUCCAAGCAACAUACAGCUGAGCUGUCACACAAAUACCAAGCUGGUGAAGGGUCGCAUCAAGGCUGUCCACACUUUGACUGUCACCGCGCCACCUCCGUGGCUCCCAGCCGUCUUUGCUUGCAUGUUUGAAGUGGUCAUCGACACUGAAGAUGUCAAAGUCGAACAAAUCCGGCGGGCAGAUAUGGUGGUGGACACACGGAGGCCAAAGUUGAAGACGACCGGCAUUCAUAAAUGGCUCCAUGGACGAAUGGAGGAUCCACUACAUCGCCUAGACGUCGGAGGGAUGCUCUGGGGUAUUGGGAAAUAUUUUGCUGCUGCUGUUGAGCGAGCCAAGACCUUCCAUCGCGUGGACGUUCUCUACAAAAACACCGAGUCUGGCGACCUGGACCAGGUUGGCGAGGGCGAAAACAAGGAUCUCACACGAGGCAAGGCUGUUGUUCUGAGUCGCUGGUUGGACAAAAAUCAGUUGCAAGUGCCCCUUGUGUCGUCAGACCAGAAAAAGGAGAGCAGAGAACCCAGGGCAAUCAUGCUGACAUGGGACCUGGGCCUUGAUUGGAACGGAAACGUGAGAUCCAGCAUGGCAGUCGCUGUUAGCGGAGUCUCGACAAAAGCGGAAGCACGCCUGAAAGACGUCUUUCGCAGUCUGGUUCCCUCUAGAGGUGUCCUGACCGCCUUCAAAAGCGUUUGCAGACUAGUUCAAGGCGAAGACGAGGAUUGA